AUGGCCGCGAGCAGCGUCGACCCGAAACAGACACCUCCGAGCAAGCCGCAGGCAAGCGCGAACCCGAUCACCACCGCGCCCGGCAGCAACUCUGCGCCCAAGGACCAGAUACCAGGCCAUCCGAGCUUCAGACGGCAACGCGCAUCUCGAGCAUGUGAAACAUGUCACGCUCGCAAGGUACGAUGCGACGCCGCCAGCUUAGGUGUGCCAUGCACCAACUGCGUGGCCUUCUCUAUCGAAUGCAAGAUCCCCACACCCAAGCGCAAGAAGACGGCAGGAAAGAAGGACUGCGACAGCCAAACCGCAGACUCGCAGACGGAUGGCCCAUCCCCUGCCAAUGCCACCACCGAGCCUCUGCUCAAGCGCGGCGACAUGGUCAUGGAAGCCAACAACAUAGGCAUGAACACUCCUGCGGGAAUGCCAAAGUCCGAAGGCACUCAUUCCUACUAUGCGAGCCAAAGCGUCACCAACGGCACCUACGCGCAAUACAUGAAACCGAAAUUCGCCAGAGCUCCGAUCAAGGAAGCCGGUCGUGUCGCAUACCUGGGAGAGUCCUCUAAUCUUUCUUUGCUUGUCCAGGACCGCCAUGGCACAACGGAUGUCGUUCACUACCCGUUGCCCGAAAAUGUGCGGGGAGCUCGUGCGAGGAUCAACGAGCUGGACAACGUGGAGAUCGACAUCCUGCACCAACGUGGCGCUUUCUUAUUACCGCCUCGACAGCUUUGCGACGAAUUGGUCGAUGCCUACUUCACCUGGAUUGCACCCGUCGUACCUGUCAUCAACCGGAGCAAGUUCAUGAGGCGAUACAGGGACGCCAAGAAUCCACCUUCACUCCUACUUUUACAAGCUAUACUACUUGCAGGAUCCCGAGUGUGCAAUAACCCGCAACUCAUGGAUGCGAAUGGCUCAACAACACCUGCUGCCAUGACAUUCUACAAGCGCGCCAAGGCUCUGUACGAUGCGAACUAUGAGGACGACAGAGUGACGAUUGUUCAGGCACUCAUCCUGAUGGGAUGGUACUGGGAAGGUCCAGAGGACGUAACCAAAAACGUCUUUUACUGGAGCAGAGUAGCCGUCAUCGUUGCCCAAGGCUCCGGCAUGCAUCGAAGUGUCGAAGGCUCGCAGCUCUGUAAAGCGGACAAGCGCCUGUGGAAACGAAUAUGGUGGACACUGUUCACCCGCGAUCGAUCCGUUGCCGUAGCUCUUGGACGACCUGUUGGCAUUAAUAUCGAAGACUCCGACGUUGAAAUGGUCACCGAAGACGAUUUCAUCGAUGACGAACCAGACCGCCCAGCCGAGUAUCCACCUGACCCAAUCCAUGUGCACUUCUUCCUCAAUUAUGUGAAGCUUUGCGAGAUUAUGGGUCUGGUGCUGUCUCAGCAGUACUCUGUGGCAUCGAAGCUACGGCGUAACAAUGCACUGGAUCUGACCCACAGCGACAUGGCGCUUGCGGACUGGCUACAAAACUGUCCAAUGGAAGUGCGAUGGGAGCCGCAACGGCAUCACUUCUGGUCAGCGUUGCUCCAUGCAAAUUACUACACCACACUGUGCCUCCUGCACCGAGCCCACAUGCCGCCAGCUGGCUCUGAAUCGCGGCACGUCAACGGCUGGGCAGAGGAAACCGCUUAUCCUUCGCGUUCGAUCGCGUAUCAAGCCGCGGCCAUGAUCACAUCCAUCAUCGAAGCCCUUCAAACCCACGAUGAGCUACGCUACACCCCUGCCUUCAUUGUCUACAGCCUCUUCUCCGCACUCAUCAUGCACGUCUAUCAAAUGCGCUCAACCAGUCAUACCAUCGUUUCCGCGACACAAACGCGGCUGAACGCCUGCAUGCAGGCGCUCAAGGAUGUUUCCAGGGUCUGGUUGGUUGCUAAGAUGGUACACACUCUUUUUGAGUCCAUCCUAGGCAACAAAGUCCUUGAAGAGCGAUUGCAGAAGGCUGCAGGCCGGAAGCAUAACAAAUCGAAGCAUGCGGGCAGCAGGGCGAGUAAAGAAGCACCCUUGCAACCCGCCCCGGACCAGUCUGCCGAAGCGCCGCCGAAGCGGAAGUUCGAUGACAUGGAGUUCGGCUACACCAACGGCCCACCGGCACCGCAGAUGUCUUACGAACGAUCGCGGCCUCAGUCCCCUGUCCAAGAUAUGCCGCCAAACAGUCAAUCUCAUCCACAACCACAGCAGAUGCCCACGAUCACCGCAAGCAGCCCAACAAUGCGUCCUGGUACUGACGCUUUCAUGGGCAACUCACGUGCUAAUACACGACCCACGACACCUUUCAACAACUUCUCAUACCCAGGCACCCCACCGAACCUAUUCUUGCAUACUAGAGGCUCGCCAAAGAUCUCGGAAGACAUGUGGCAGAAUUACGACCCACACCAGCUCUUCCCUCCAGAGACGAAUGAGCUUUUCCCGGUCAUGACGAACAGCCCGACUCAGGCGAUGGUGGAUCCUGUGCUGCGACAACAGCAGCAUUCAACCCCGCAACAACCUCAGCAAUUUGCGCAUGGCCCUCCACCCAUGCAGAGUCCUCCGCAAAUGCAACAAGGGCAACAAGGAAUGCAGAUGCCUGAAGGUCAACAGGGAAUGCCACAGAACAUGCCAGCAUAUCAUCAAGAUCCAAAUUCGUGGACGCAACUCAACCCCGUUCACGACCAGCCAAGACAGGAUGAUACAUGGAGCAGUUCGAGCAGUGCCGGAGGCCCAAUUGUUCCAACGACACUCAAUGUCGGGGACUGGUUUGAGUUCUUCGGUAUACCCAAUGGGAGCGACAUAAAUGGCCUCAAUGGAGCCGCGGGAUAUGGAUGAACCAGGUCUUCUUCCAGAUUGGAUGUGAUACGAUACAGUGAGCGGGAAAAAGCCAGACUUUUGGGCGUUGAAGCGUUUUGAAAUCAUGUCAAAUUGCGCAGCAGUUUAACGGCCAGCUUGCGAUGCAUCAGGACAUACAUAUGAGACACCACGCUCCAGGAUGCACGGUGCACUCAGGCUGCCAGAGGGUGAUGAAGUAGCGCAGAUUCGGCGGCGAGACGGAGUGCAUGCCAUAGCUAUAGCGGUACCGCUGCAGAGCACAACAGGCAUUCAAAUCAACCUCCUUGCU